AUUCAUACCGAUCAGAACGAGGCUUUUACUUGCUAUUGCGAGCUCAGACCGCAUACCACUCCAUUCAUGCUGUGAGAAGCUCAAGACUCGGAACGCGGAGCUUUUGGACGAGAAUCGUGACAGUCGUGGAAAUGCCUUCAAGUUUAAUAUUUUAACCAUGCUGAAGAAAACAAACCCCAAGAUCACAAUUAUCCGGCUGGCGGCCGCGGCUCUGGGGACCAUGUUAUAGACGACAGAGCAGAGACACAGAGCCCAGAGGACGCCAGGCCAGAGCUACACCACCAUCCCCUCCCUUCCUUCCUUCAGCCUGGUGUAGGACAGCCACAGCUUCAGUAGAGGAAGAACAACACACACACACUCAGGAACCUCUCCUCACCUACCAGAGCCCAACAUGAUCUGCCACCCCACCCCAGUCCUGGGAGGCCCUCUCCUACCCUUCCUCCUCCUGUUGUCGGGGGUGUUAGCCACCAUUCCCAGCGACCUCAGGACAUUCUCCCCUCCAGAGGGGGGGCUCACACACCUGGUGGUCCACAACAAGACAGGUGAGGUGUAUCUGGGAGCGGUCAACUGGAUCUUCAAGCUGUCCAGCAACUUGACCAAGCUCCGCAACCACGUGACAGGCCCUGUGGUGGACAAUGAGAAGUGUUACCCCCCUCCUGGUGUCCAGUCCUGCCCCCAUGAACUGGCCCAGACCAGUAACGUCAACAAGCUGCUGCUGCUGGACUACGGUCAGAACCGCCUGAUCGCCUGCGGCAGCACCUCCCAGGGGAUCUGCCAGUUCCUCAGGCUGGAUGAUCUGUUCAAGCUGGGUGAGCCCCACCACCGUAAGGAGCACUACCUGUCCAGCGUGGCCGAGGCUGGCACCAUGUCUGGGGUAGUCAUCGGUGGAGACGCGGCCGGGGGCGGGGGAGGGGCUGGCAAGCUGUUUGUGGGCACGCCCAUUGACGGCAAGUCAGAGUACUUCCCCACGCUCUCCAGCCGCAAGCUGAUGGCCAACGAGGAGAAUGCCGACAUGUUCAGCUUCGUCUAUCAGGACGAGUUUGUCUCCUCGCAGCUCAAGAUCCCCUCGGACACGCUCUCCAAGUUCCCCGCCUUCGACAUCUACUACAUCUACGGCUUCAGCAGCGAACAGUUUGUCUACUAUCUGACCCUGCAGCUGGAUACCCAGCUCACCUCGCCCGACGCCAGCGGGGAGCAGUUCUUCACCUCUAAGAUCGUCCGUCUCUGCGUGGACGACCCCAAGUUCUACUCCUACGUGGAGUUCCCCAUCGGCUGCACCAAGGACGGGGUGGAGUACCGUCUGGUGCAGGACGCCUACCUCAGCCGACCCGGGACCAAGCUGGCGCGCUCGCUGGGCAUCUCAGAGCAAGAGGAGGUGCUGUUCACGGUGUUCGCCCAGGGCCAGAAGAACCGGGCCAAGCCCCCCAAGGAAUCAGCCCUGUGCCUGUUCACCCUGCGCCGCAUCAAGGAGAAGAUCAAGGAGCGUAUCCAGUCCUGCUACAGAGGAGAGGGGAAACUGUCAUUGCCCUGGCUGCUCAACAAGGAACUAGCCUGCAUCAACUCACCACUCCAGAUAGAUGAUAACUUCUGUGGGCAGGACUUCAACCAGCCUCUGGGGGGAACCAGCACCAUCGAGGGUCUGCCUCUGUUCGUGGACAAGGACGAUGGCAUGACCUCGGUGGCGGCCUACGAAUACCACGGCCACACCGUGGCCUUUACCGGCACACGCAGCGGACGCAUUAAGAAGAUCCUGGUGAAUUCUAUCAACCAUCCUGCCAUGCCUUAUGAGAAUGGGGUGGUGAUCGAGGGGAGUCCCAUCCAUAGAGACCUGCUCUUCAGCCCAGACUACCAGCACAUCUAUGCCCUCACAGACAAACAGGUGAGCCGUGUUCCAGUGGAGAGCUGUGAGCAGUACUCCUCCUGCAGCGCCUGCCUGGGGUCAGGAGAUCCCCACUGUGGCUGGUGUGUCCUUCACAAUGUGUGUUCCAGGAAGGAUCGUUGUGAGAGGGCUGAUGAGCCUCAGCGUUUUGCCUCCCGAGUGGAGCAGUGUGUCAAACUCAGUGUCCAGCCUGGAAACAUCUCUGUCACCAUGUCCGAAGUCCAGCUGGUGCUGCAGGCCCAGAAUGUGCCUAACCUUUCAGCAGGGGUCAACUGCUCCUUUGAGGAUUACACUGAGACAGAGGGACGCAUCUUUGGGGGACGCAUCUACUGCCUGUCCCCUUCCACACGAGAGGUCGCCCCCAUCACACGCAACCAGGGGGACAAGCGUACUGUGAAGCUGUAUCUGAAGUCUAAGGAGACAGGGAAGAAGUUUGCCAGUGUGGACUUUGUCUUCUACAACUGCAGUGUGCACCAAUCGUGUCUGUCAUGUGUCAAUGGCUCGUUCCCCUGCCACUGGUGUAAAUACCGCCACAUGUGCACUCAGAACGCCAAGGACUGUUCCUUCCAGGAGGGACGGGUCAACGUGUCAGAGGAGUGUCCCCAGAUCCUGCCAUCUACCCAGAUCUACAUCCCAGUGGGGGUGAUGAAGCCCAUCACCCUGCUGGCUAAGAACCUGCCUCAGCCCCAGUCUGGACAGAGGAACUACGAGUGUAUCUUCCACAUCCAGGGAGCCACCUACAGUGUCACCGCCCUGCGCUUCAACAGCACCAGCAUCCAGUGUCAGAGGACCUCGUACGACUAUGAGGGUAAUGACCUAAGUGACCUGCCUGUGGAUCUCUCUGUGGUGUGGAAUGAAAACCAAGUCAUCGACAACCCCUUCAACAUACAAGCCCACCUGUAUAAGUGCUAUGCGCUGAGAGACAGCUGUGGGAUGUGUCUGAAGGCUGACCCCAGGUUCGAGUGUGGCUGGUGUGUCCAGGAGAAGAAGUGUUCUCUGAGGCAGGAGUGUGCACCGCUGGACAGCAGCUGGAUGCACCCCACCGCUGGCAACAGCCGCUGUACACACCCCAAGAUCACUAAGCUGUUUCCGGAGACGGGGCCGAGACAGGGGGGCACCAGGCUGACCAUCACGGGGGAGAACCUGGGCCUACAGUUCAGGGACAUCCAAACAGGAGUGCGUCUGGGCAAGGUGCCCUGUAUCCCCAUUGAGGAGGAGUACAUUAGCGCUGAGAGAAUUGUGUGUUUGCUAAAUGAUGCCACGGGCUACAGAGUGCAGGAGGCCAACGUGGAGGUGUGUGUGAGGGACUGCCUGACGGACUACAGGGCCCUCUCACCCCGGGCAUUCACCUUUGUGACACCUUUCUUCACUCGAGUGCUGCCUGCUCAGGGUCCUCUCUCUGGGGGCACCAGGGUCACCAUUGAGGGCAACCACCUCAACGCCGGCAGCUCUGUGUUUGUCAACAUCGGACGCCACCCCUGCCACUUCAAAAAGAGAAAUGCCCGGGAGAUAGUGUGUGUGACCCCAGCGGGGCUGACCCCAGGCAGCACACCAGUCAUGGUGGACAUCGACUCUGCUGAGCUGAGGAACCCAGAGGUCAAAUAUAACUACACCGACGACCCCACCGUCCUGAGGAUUGAACCCGACUGGAGCAUCGCUAGUGGUGGAACCCUGUUGACCGUCAGUGGAACUAACCUGGCCACCAUCAGAGAGCCUAAGAUCAGAGCCAAGUACGGCUCCGCCGAAUCCUUCCAUAACUGCACAGUGUUUAAUAACUCAGUGAUGGUGUGCCUAGCCCCGUCGGUUACUGACUCCGAGAGGGGCUUCUCAGACACAGGCAGUGGGCCGGAUGAGAUCGGCUUCUACAUGGACAACGUCCACGCUCUGAUGGUGGUCAACGAGACGUUCAGCUACUACCCCGACCCCGUGUUCGAACCCCUCAGCCCCACCGGGGUCCUGGAGCUCAAACCCACCUCCCCUCUCAUCCUCAAGGGUCGUAACCUAAUCCCUGCAGCGCCUGGUAACUCCAGGCUGAACUACACGGUGUUCAUCGGGGAGACCCCCUGUGUUCUGACCCUGUCUGAGACUCAGCUGCUGUGUGAAUGGCCCAACCUCACUGGACAGCACAAAGUCACAAUCCGGGUGGGUGGGUUCGAGUACUCCCCUGGUACUCUCCAGAUCUACUCAGACAGCCUGCUGACCCUGCCUGCUAUCAUCGGUAUCGGCGGAGGUGGUGGUCUGCUGCUAUUGGUCAUCAUCGCUGUGCUCAUCGCCUACAAGAGGAAGUCCCGCGAUGCUGACCGCACCCUGAAACGCCUGCAGCUGCAGAUGGACAACCUGGAGUCCAGAGUGGCCCUGGAGUGUAAAGAGGCCUUUGCAGAGUUGCAGACAGACAUCCAUGAGUUGACCCAGGAGCUGGACGGAGCGGGCAUUCCCUUCCUGGAAUACAGGACCUACGCCAUGAGGGUCCUCUUCCCUGGCAUCGAGGAUCACCCCGUGCUCAAGGAGAUGGAGGUACGGGUCAAGGAGGUCCAGGCCAACCAGGAGAAGGCCUUGACCCUGUUUGGCCAGCUCCUCACCAAGAAGCACUUCCUGUUGACGUUCAUCCGCACCCUGGAGGCGCAGCGCUCCUUCUCCAUGCGUGACCGUGGCAACGUGGCGUCGCUCAUCAUGACAGCGCUUCAGGGGGAGAUGGAGUACGCCACAGGGGUUCUGAAACAGCUUCUAUCUGACCUCAUUGACAAGAACCUGGAGAGCAAGAACCACCCCAAGCUGCUGCUGCGCCGAACGGAGUCUGUUGCUGAGAAGAUGCUGACCAACUGGUUCACUUUUCUCUUGUACAAGUUCCUAAAGGAGUGUGCUGGGGAGCCUCUGUUCAUGCUGUACUGUGCUAUGAAGCAGCAGAUGGAGAAGGGGCCUAUAGACUCCAUCACAGGAGAGGCGCGCUACUCACUCAGUGAGGACAAGCUCAUCAGACAGCAGAUUGACUACAAGACCCUGACUCUCCACUGUAUGAACCCGGAGAACGAGAACGCCUCGGAGGUGACGGUGAAGGGGCUGAACUGUGACACCAUCACCCAGGUGAAAGAGAAGCUGCUGGAUGCAGUGUACAAGGGCAGCCCCUACUCCCAGAGACCCAAGGCUGGGGACAUGGACCUGGAGUGGCGUCAGGGCAGGAUGGCCAGAAUCAUCCUUCAGGAUGAGGAUAUCACCACCAAGAUCGAUAACGACUGGAAACGCCUCAACACACUGGCCCACUAUCAGGUGACGGACGGCUCAGUGAUCGCUCUGGUACCAAAGCAGAACUCUGCCUACAACAUAUCCAACUCCUCUACCUUCACCAAGUCUCUCAGCAGAUAUGAGAGCAUGUUGCGGACAGCCAGCAGUCCAGACAGUCUGCGCUCCCGCACCCCCAUGAUCACCCCUGACCUGGAGAGUGGUACCAAGCUGUGGCACCUGGUCAAGAACCACGACCACUCUGACCAGCGCGAGGGUGACCGCGGCAGCAAGAUGGUGUCUGAGAUCUAUCUGACCCGUCUGCUCGCCACCAAGGGUACGUUGCAAAAGUUUGUGGAUGACCUGUUUGAGACCAUCUUCAGUACGGCCCACCGCGGCAGCGCCCUGCCGCUCGCCAUCAAGUACAUGUUUGACUUCCUGGACGAGCAGGCCGACAAACACUCCAUAUCAGACUCAGACGUACGGCACACCUGGAAGAGCAAUUGUCUGCCUCUGCGGUUCUGGGUGAACGUGAUCAAGAACCCCCAGUUUGUGUUUGACAUCCAUAAGAACAGCAUCACAGACGCCUGUCUGUCUGUGGUGGCCCAGACCUUCAUGGACUCCUGCUCCACGUCAGAACACAAGCUGGGCAAAGACUCGCCCUCCAACAAGCUGCUCUACGCCAAGGAUAUCCCUAACUACAAGAACUGGGUGGAGAGGUACUACUCCGACAUCUCCCGUAUGCCGGCCAUCAGCGACCAGGACAUGAGUGCCUACCUGGCUGAACAGUCCCGGCUGCACCUCAGCCAGUUCAACAGCAUGAGUGCCCUGCAUGAGAUCUACUCCUAUAUCGUCAAGUACAAAGAUGAGAUCCUGUCUGCGCUGCAGAAGGAUGAACAGUCUCGUAGGCAAAGACUGCGCAGUAAGCUGGAGCAGGUCAUCGACACCAUGGCCCUGGCCAGCUGAGGAAUGGCCCGCCACUGAGGGUCGGAGAGGGUAGCAGCUAGGCCUUCUCUCACUGACCCCAGCUCCUAACCCCAACACAACGUGUAAGAACUGCAAGGACACAAGCAGUACACUGGAGACCCACCAGAGUUAGGCCUGGGCCCCGGCACAUCCAAACAAACCCUCAUUUAUAAACACUUAACGUCCGUCUGUCGCCCCGAGAAAGUGUCUUAUCAUCACGGUCUUCAUCACUGGUUUCAGUUUGUCUUCCGUGUUGAUUAUCUACCCACAUACAGGACAGGGACUGUGAAGCAGCUGGCUAAAGAGGCCAGGAGAGAGAGAGAGAGAUAUAUAUAUAUAUAUAUAUAUAUAUAUAUAUAUAUAUAUAUAUAUAUAUAUAUAUAUAUAUAUAUAUAUAUAUAUAUGUAUAUGUAUAUAUAUAUAUAUGUAUGUAAGGGGGGCUAUGGAGAAAGGACUUCAUUUAUAAAGGCCCCCCCAUGGACGCUUCUGACGUGUCAGCAGUCUAUCAUCAGAGACUUCAUCAACUUUCAUGGACGUCAGUUUGAUUUUCAGAUCCAUUUUAUUUCUAUUUGGUUGAUUUAGUUGUUGAUCUUGUGUUUAACAACUGCCUACUCUCUCCGUUGGUGUGCCACUUGUGUUAAUGCUGAAUUUGCACAAUUUACAAAAAAGCUAAAUCAAAAGAAGAGGAUAUAAAUAUAGAUAUAUAGAUAUAUAAAUACAACUUCAUUUUUAAAGAAACAAAUGAAAAUAGUCAAAAGUUUUCCAUUUUAAUGUACAAAAUACUUUGAAAGAAAAGGAUUUGAUAUUUCAAAGACUGAACUAUGAAAUCUUGUCCUGUGCCAUGUUUUAUUUAAAUGUUGUUUAGUGCAAAAACUUUUUAUUUAGAUAAAAUGUGUUAUGAUUCAAAUGUUGUCAUGCCUAGUGACUGAAGGUGAGAGUAAAGUUUUAAAAAAGAAAAAAUUUAAUGACAAAAAAAUUGUAGAAGCAAGUCAACAAAUCGUUAGGUCUUGGGGCCUUUCCUGUCUUGGGAGAACAUUUGUUUUAAUGGUACUGGAAAUGACUGUAUUUUAUUCCAGUAUUUAAUACAACCAGUGCUAUCGUGGCUUUUAGAAAAACCAAAGGCUUGUUUUUUUUUUAGUACAACUCAGAGAAAAACAGCCUCCUGUGUUAGCCGACAACCUCACAUUCACAGCCACCUCAAUGAGCAGCCCUCUUGGUUUCAUCCACCACCAUGCACGCCUCUGUGCACAGGCUCCGGACCACAGCAAAGUUAGAUUACUUUUGUUCUGGGACCUCAAGGUUGUUUGGGAGGCAAGUAACGUAGCUUAAAGUACUGUGAUACUCCACAGAAGGAUUCAUUGGGUUUAGCGCCAUGUUAAAUGUAGCAAAGGUUUAAUUCACCCACUACCCUUUCAAAGCCUUCCUGAAGUUUUCCAGCUGUCCCCUUCCCUCAGAUAGAUCACUGUUAGACUAUCCUACAGACUGUCAUGGUGGACACUGAGGUAGAGGUUUGCAGACAAAGAUGAGAGGAGUUUUUAGGUAGAGCUUUGAGUGAAGAGUAAUCCCUCCUGAUUUUAGCCCGUCAUGAGAGCAAGCAUUGUCACUAGUGACUUCAACAUUCAACAGUUCUUUUUUAUUGCAAUUAAAAAGAUGGUUUAAUUUUUGUUGUUGGUGUGGUGAAAGUUGUAUGAGUUGUUUUCUUUGUACUCUGCAGAAACCAAACAUUGGUUGUGCUAGCAGAGUAGACUCUCCCAGGGUCCCUUAUGUUCUGUAACGGCAUCUGUGACGAGCGUCAUUCAAAGGAGAAAAGAGGACUUUUGAAGCACCAAGGAAGGUGAACAUUCAGAAUUCUCUUUUCUUCGUUUUUUAGUCUGCUGUGAAGAUGAAAAAAACAGCGACAAAUAUUUUGAAAUGCAAACAUCUGUGAUGUGACAAGAUAAUGAAAUGUAGCUCAAUCUUUGUGUGUUUUUUAACCGCCGGAUGGUUUUUGUUUCCUCAGAAACCGGAUACCUUUGUGAAAUGUCUCCCUUUAAUAUGUUGCAUCGAUUCCCUUUUGGUCAGUGUCCUCUGAGAUUAAAGGAGAUAUGGAGGAAAAACAAACCAGAUAAAUGUUUGAGAAACCUCUGAAAUAUUUAGGUCAGUUCUCCGGUGAGAGCCGUGUGGAUCACACAGGCUGGAGUUGUGAUAUGUAACCUUGGGCCAUCUGUCCAGCUAUCCUACAUCAGGCUUCAACAAAGAUGGUGGGAUUUAAUGAAAAUGAAAAGCAUUUUCUCCGUUUAUUUAUUUAUAAUUUUUCAGUUUGAAAUGGGAGCAGGUCUCAAUAACACAUGAUAUAUUUGGUUAGACAUUUCAGAAAAUAUAUGGAUUUUUAAAAUUCAUCUUAGUGUUCUGCAGGGCUCUUACUCCCAUCCUUCUCUCUUGGUCAUUCUCCAAUAUCAACUCCCUCUAGUCUCUACUCUCCAUCCCAGGCCUGCCCUAGUGUUGGAAACUCAAUAAAGGUACUCCUAUACGGUACACCCCACCCUUCCACCAAUCCCUUCCUCCCCUCCCAACCAAACACAAAAGGCUGGACUGUAUGUAUGUAUUGUAUUCUUUACUUGAUAUCUGAGAGCAGGGCGUAUGGAGUAUGGAGUAGUAAUUCAACUUAAACAGGGUUAUCUGCUCGUUACUGGUUUUUCCCAUACCAAGAGAAGGCCUCUCGUAGUGCAGGUUCGGCAUUGACUUGACCACUUUUCUGUUCCUUCACCCUAUUUGUGAUGGUUCUGCUCUGUCACUGUUCUUCUGUUAAGCAUAUUUUAUUACCUGAUUGUGCACAUUUGUCUCCCUUAUUUGUUUAGUGGAUGGAAAAUGUUUCUGUGUGCUGCCUCCCUCCCGCCACACACAAGCUAGGCUUUGAUGACUGUGAUUGUAAAACAGCUGGUUGCGUUACAAAGUCUCCAGGGGGUUCUCCUGCUUUGAUGUCCUUUUGCUCCUCUGUUAUUUAAGUGGAAGAUGUUUGGAUGAUGAUGAUCAGCAUCUUGGCAGGAUUAUGGAUUAACGUGGUAAUCUGUAAGGUUACUCUAUAGAGUAUGAAACAAGUUAUAUUGUAAGUACUGGGGCAGUUGGUCUCUCAUGUUAUGUUUUGUGUUGUUGUUAUUUCAUUUUACUAUGCCACUUGUUGUGUAAAGAUGAAAAGAAAGAGACUUCUCGCCAGAACUCCUUUGAAGUAGUCUCUACUUAUCUUUUGUUGUUGUGUCUGUCUGCCAUUGCGAGUUGGGUGGAAGACAGAAAGGAAAGCCAGAGGGAGAGAUCCAAAUGCUGUUUGAUGAACACAGAGCUUUCACUUUGCACAUAGUGCCUUGUCAGCUCCACCUUCCCACAACCCUCUACGACCCCUCCAUUACCCACAAUCCACCACCUGACCAUGCCCACUCAUUACACUUUCACAGGUUUCCCCCUCUGCCACUGAACAACUUCUAUCCCUGUCCUCCCGAUUCCCUCGUUUGGUUUGUUUUGGCAUAUUGGAAAGCAGUUCCUUUUUUCAAAGUAAAUUUUAAAAGGCUUAGGAUCAAACAUAAAAAUAUCUAGACACAGAUUUAAGAGAAAAUAGAAACUAAAGAGUUGUAAUACUUUCUGAAUUCUGAUACCUUUUUAAGAGUUUCAGAUUUGAAGCAACUGUGACAGGUUGGCUGUUUCACGCUCAUGUAAAUAUUCUGCUCUUUCCUAUUUUGCAGAUUUAUUACUUGUAAAUAAACACGCAUCAAGGAGAGAUUAAACUUUUUUGCAAAA